AUGGACAGAUUUUUGACAGAGGCCCAGUUCGGAGUUUUUGGGAUCAUUCCCCAGUGUCAUUUGGAUCAACCGUUUUCAAGUCAAGAUUAUCAAAUGACUGGCUCUUUGCUGUGCUUCAAGGCACAAGCUGUGGAUGCCCUAGCGGAGGCUAAAGUGAUGGCUCACGCCAAGGAGGAAGCUGAGGCUCAUGCUCAGGCCUCCAGCGAUGCUCGGGCACAGGCAGAGGCGAGGCUUGCCACUGCCAUUGCGGAAGUCAGGGCAGCGGCCGAGGCCAGAGAAGCUGCGGAGGCACAGUCCAUGGCGGCCAUGGCAGAAGUGAAAGCUUUUGCAAGUGCCAAAGACCAUGCAGAGGCUCAAGCGGCUGCUGCAUUGGCCGAAGCUAAAGCUUUGGCCAAAGCGAAAGAAGGAGCUGAGGUGCAGAGGCAGGUGGCCUUGGAGGAGGCCAGAGCAUCCAGCGAGGCCAAAGCUGCAGCAGAGGCCCGUGCCUCCUCAGUGGCCGCACAAGCCGAAGUGGCGGUGCAUGCGCGGCAGGCGGCCGAGGCGAAGAUCAAGGCGACCAGUGAGGCCUUGGCCCUGGCGGAGCAGCGCCUCAGUGUGGCGGUGGCGGCGGCCGGCGAGGCCAAGGCGACCGCCGAGGCCUGGGCCUCUGAGGCCACAGAAGCCUCCAAGAAGGCGAAGCUCAAGGAUGCAGCGCAUCAGCGUUUGGCUUCGAUUUGCACGGAGGCGCAGCCUCGGUGGUUGGCGCAGCGCCUCCAGAGCUGCGGCUACAACGUGCUGCGCUGGGCCUUUGAACACUUGGUGAAGAACGCCAUCGAGCUUCGAGGAGAGCAGCGCUUAGGUCCUGCGGUCGCCAGCCAGGCACAAAGCCUGCAUCAUGAGAACCAGCUUCUACUGGAUUCGAUGCGGCAGCAGCACGAGGAGCGGCUUCGGCAAAUGGCUUCUGAGCACGAGCAGCUACUGCAGCGGGUGGCCGACUCCAUCACUCGAGAGCUCCAGCUGGUGAGCGGCCUGGCCGAGCAGCGUCGCCUCCGCGAGGCGUUUGCGGUUUGGCGCUGGGCGCCCGUGCGCUCGCAGGGUGCAAGACGGAUCCUGCGGGUGUUGAAGCGCCACUUGCAGAGGAGACACCUGCAAAUCUGGCGGCGACAAGCGGAAGCAGACUUGGUGUCCUACCUGCAGGUGCAGAUCGAUUGCUUUGAGUCCUUCGCCUCCAAGCGAAACGCUCUCUGCUGGCGCGUCAUGCGCCGUUCUGGCGGCUAUUGGACAGCAGAGCAGCAGGAUCUCACCAGCUUGGCCGUGAUGGCUGCUUGGCGAGGGCAGGUGGAAGAGGGUCGGCGCUGCGAGGCUGCUCGGAGCUUGGCGUGCCAGAAGCUCAUUGAUGUAGGCUUUGGCCUCCUUCGGCGUCACCUCUGGUCACCCUGGCUGGCCUGGCAGCAGGCAGAGCAGCGGUCCUUGACCAUGGCCAUGCGGCAGGUGGAAGAGUCACACUUUCGCAAGGAGGCAGCCCAAUUAAAGCAAGAGCUGGAAGCGAUGCACUUGCAGGCCUCUUUGCAACGUGACACCUUCGCGGCUGAAUGCUCCUCCCUGCGGAAUGGCCGGAGGCUGUUGGAAGAGUCCAGCGAAGCCAAAGCCUUGGCCUGUGCCUCGCAGCGCUGGAUCUCGCUGGGCACGUCCCUGCGCCGGGCGGCGCUGCAGGCGUUGCUGCGCCCGAUGCGUUGGGCGCAGGCGGAGAGCGCCCGGAACCAGGCUGCCAGGGGCUCUUGGCGUCGCUUGGUGCAGAUGGUCCUGGCUGAAAACCCCUGGCGCCUACGGAGCUGCGCCACCCAUGUGGCGCUGGAGAAGCUGCAAGCGCGUCGACAGCAGUCAGUGGAGCUGAUCCGCCAACGCCGCCCCAUGGCACGCUUGGUGGCCUUUGCGUUGGCGCUCCGGCAGCGGGAGGCCCGGCGCCUGGCCAGCCAAGCGGAGCGAUGUCUGCGUGAUCUCUCCACCGCCUGGCGUCGCCUGGGCCGCCUCACUCAGCUGGCGCAGCGCGGCCUGCAGCGCCGGGGGCUUCACCGGCUGCGCACGCACACCACGGGGGCCUGGGCGGCCGAGCGGCAGAGGGAGCGCUGGGAGGCCCUGCUGCAAGGAUGGAACACCACCUCUGCCCUGCAAAAUGCCGGCGAGGCACAGAAGAAGACCGCGGCUCAAUUCCUGCUCCAUAUGCUCUCAGUGCAUGAGAGGUGCUCGUGCCGUGCUGCUUUGCAGCGCUGGCACGGGGCAGCGCAGCUUAUGCACUUGGAGGCCUCGCACCAACCAGAGCGGAUGCGACUAGGGCUGUCAAUCCUUGCGACUCUAGUUUCCAACAAGCUUCAAGGGUCUCUAUCGCAGGCCAUCAGCCAGUGGCGCAUUCUACGAUGGCAACACAUGGUCCGAUCCCUGGAUGACUCAGUGGCUCGAGAUCAUCGCCGAAUGCUGGCGGAAUCAGAGGUGCUGCGCUCCCAACUGGUACAGAGCCGUGAUGAGGCGCAGAAGGCUCUUCAGAGCCAGCAGGAAGCCGAGGCCAUGAUGGAUGCGGUGAAGCGGGACUGUCUUGCGCAGGAGGCACAAAUCGUCGACUUGGAGCGGGCCAAAAGGUCUACGCACUGGCUCUGUGAGCAGUGGAGAGAACGGCGGGGGCAGGCUGAGAUGAACAGGCUUUGCUCUCACUUGCACCAGGUGCGUACUUUGGAACAAAGAGUCCUUCUAAGUGCCUGGCGCAGCGUUUGUGAUGCACAAGCUGCCACACAGGAGCAGAGGACCUCAGCCGCCCACUUUCUGCUUCACCUGCUGGCUGCGAAGGAGAGGCGGGCUCGUCAGCGGGCUCUUCAAUGCUGGCGCGGGUCGGCGAUGGCCACCGCCGUUGAGGCGUCGGCCCAGUGCCGCUUGAUGGCACACGGGGAGACGCAGCGGGAGCUGCGAGUCUGCCAUGGCGUGUCCAUCCUCUCCAACAUGGUGAGACUUCGACUUCAGCAGGCAUUGCUGGGCCAUUGGCGAGUUCUUCGCUGGCAAGCCAUGGUCCGGUCUCUGGACAGCUCCUUCGCGCGGGACCAGCGGCGCAUGCUUGCAGAGGCGGACGCUUUGCGUGCGCAGCUGGUGCAGAGCCACGAUGAGGCUUUGGAACUCCGUGCCCUGCAGCUGAGUGAGGCCGAGCGCUCAAACCGCACAAGACAGGAGGCAGAGGCGAUCGUGGAAGCAGUGAAACGUGAGCGGGCCUCCCAGGCAACCAAGAUGGCAGACCUGGAGAAUGACAAGAGCUCCAGCAAGCAGCAGUGCGAGAAGUUGCAAGAGCAACUGGAACAGGCUCUGGCGGAUGUGACACAGCUGGACGCAGAGAAGCGCAGUGCCAUGAAAGAGAUCAGCACACUCCACUCAGAGCUUCAAGAUGCAGAACGCGCGCGGGAGGACUUGGUGCAGGCAGAGAUGCAGCGAGAGCGUGCCUUGCAGGAGCAGGUUCAAGCUGUCCAGCAACGAGCAUUGAAACGGGAGGCCGAACUGAAGGAUGCGGCCCAGAUGUCGGAUCAGGCACAGCAGCAGAAGAUCCUUGAGCUUCAUCGCUCGAUGGAGUUGCAGACCUCCAUGGCGGAGGACCAAGAGAAGAACAUCCGGCAUCUGCAGGAUCUCCUCAAGGAACAAGGUGAACAAUUGGCGCGAGAGCGCAGCGACCAUCAACGCGGAUUGAAUGCGUUGCGCGCUUCUGCUUCGCUCUCUGAGAGUAAGACCUCCUUGCUGCAGGAGCAGGUCGUGGCGUUGCGGCAGCAGCUGCAGCGAGAACACCAGGAGUUGAUGGCCAGUGAACGGGCCUGGUCCAGCGACCGAGCUGCUUUGCUCUCUGCGGUGUCAAGCCCUGUGCUGCCGCCUUCAGGGAAGCGAGCCGCAAGGCGGAAGCCAUCCCCUUCGUCCUCGCCAAAGCCAGGUGGAGCACGUUGCCCGUGGCAUGGUCCCGGCGGCUCCAAGAAGUUGGCGCCGGCGUUAAUGUGA